CGGCUCCCUUCUUUAGAAGCCAUUUUGGACUCGGUUCAGUUUGGUGUUUCUUUAAUUAUUAAAACAACCACCCCCAAACAAAUCACUUCAGCAAACCUCCCCUCCCGCCGCCGCCUCCUCCUCCUCCUCCUCCUCCUUCUUCUUCUUUGAUUUGUCUCUCUUUUAUAUUUUUCUUCCCCCUGCCCGUGGCAUCUCCCGCCCCAGCCUCUGCUCCCGCCGCCCCCUCGCUCCGCGCCCCGCGCAGCCCGCGAUGCCGCGGCUCAGCCCCCCGACGCCGCCAGCCCCCCAACGCCGCUCCGCGCCCGUUCCGCGCCUCCUCCGCGGCCUCUCGCCUGGCGCCCCGCAGCCGCCCUGGAUGCGGGGUCCGUAACCUUGCAAAGUUUCGCUGCCGCCGGCGCUGGGAGUGCGUGCGCUUUGCGGAGGCUGUCCGUCCGUCCGUGUCUAGGAGCACACGAGGAGAAGAAAGUAAAGGAAUAUGAUUGCUUCGUGGCUGACUUUCGCCUUGCUUUGUGGAACUUUCUGUGCAGGACCAGGCCAUGGGGAGGCUGAGACAAGAGAAUGCAUUUACUACAAUGCUAACUGGGAGUUGGAGAAGACGAACCAGAGCGGUGUGGAGCGCUGCGAGGGUGAGAAAGACAAGAGGCUGCACUGCUACGCCUCCUGGAGGAACAACUCGGGCUCCAUUGAGCUGGUGAAGAAAGGCUGCUGGUUAGAUGACUUCAACUGUUAUGACAGGCAGGAGUGUGUAGCCACGGAAGAAAAUCCUCAAGUGUUUUUCUGCUGCUGUGAGGGCAACUACUGCAAUGAGAAAUUUACACAUUUGCCUGAAGUCACUGGCCCAGAAGUCAUAUAUGAGCCGCCCCCACCAACACCCUCCCUGCUCAACAUCCUGGUGUACUCACUGCUGCCCAUCGCUGUCCUCUCCAUGGCCAUCCUCUUGGCCUUCUGGAUGUAUCGGCACCGCAAGCCUCCUUACGGCCACGUCGACAUUAACGAGGACCCUGGCCCGCCACCUCCUUCUCCCCUAGUUGGCCUAAAGCCUCUUCAGCUCUUGGAGAUCAAGGCAAGAGGACGUUUUGGCUGUGUGUGGAAGGCUCAGCUGAUGAAUGACUAUGUAGCAGUGAAAAUCUUCCCUAUUCAGGAUAAGCAAUCUUGGCAGAGUGAGAGGGAGAUUUUCAAUACUCCUGGCAUGAAGCAUGAAAACCUUUUGCAGUUUAUCGCAGCAGAGAAAAGAGGGACAAACCUAGAGACAGAGCUCUGGCUGAUCACAGCUUUCCACGACAAGGGCUCUCUGACGGACUACCUGAAGGGUAAUAUUAUCAGCUGGAACGAGCUCUGCCAUGUGGCAGAAACAAUGGCCCGUGGCUUGUCCUAUCUUCAUGAAGAUGUCCCUUGGUGCAAAGGUGAAGGACACAAACCUGCCAUAGCGCACAGGGACUUCAAGAGUAAAAAUGUCUUGCUGAAGAAUGACCUGACGGCAGUGCUCGCCGAUUUCGGGCUUGCUGUACGGUUUGAACCUGGAAAGCCUCCGGGGGACACUCAUGGACAGGUGGGAACAAGGAGGUAUAUGGCUCCUGAAGUGUUAGAGGGAGCAAUCAACUUCCAACGAGACGCCUUCCUGAGAAUAGACAUGUAUGCAAUGGGACUGGUCUUGUGGGAGCUAGUCUCCAGAUGUAGAGCAGUCGAUGGUCCUGUGGAUGAAUACAUGCUGCCUUUUGAAGAAGAAAUAGGUCAGCACCCAUCCCUUGAGGACCUGCAGGAAGUGGUGGUUCACAAGAAGAUGCGCCCUGUGUUCAAGGAUCACUGGCUCAAACACCCCGGCCUGGCGCAGCUCUGCGUGACCAUCGAAGAGUGCUGGGACCACGACGCGGAGGCUCGGCUCUCGGCAGGCUGCGUCGAGGAGCGCAUCGCCCAGAUCCGCAAAUCCCUGAACGGCACUACCUCGGACUGCCUCGUCUCCAUCGUGACAUCUGUCACCAACGUGGACUUACCGCCCAAAGAGUCUAGUAUCUAAGCCCUGGUUCGCUUUUGGUCUUUCCAGACUCAGUGGAUUUCAAAAUUAAACAAAAAAGAAGAAGAAAAAGAAGUUUAAAGAAAGAAAGAAAAAAAAAAGUAAAACCAGAGAGGAAAAAACCCAACGAAACCACAAAAAUCCAACAAACACAUGAAUGCAGCUGCUAUUUUAUCUUGACUUUUUAUUAUUAUUGUUGUUAUUAUUAUUAUUAUUAUUAUUAUUAUUAUUUUUGGAUUGGAUCAAUUUUACCAGCACAUUGCUCUACUGUAUUGAAAAACAAAUGGACAUUUCAGCAAGCAUUCAGGUGCCGACUAAUGAAUGCAGAAAAGGUGCAGGUACCUCAGAACCUCAACAAACUCACUUCAGUUGUUCUUUUCUUCAGUUGUCCGGGUUUCUCUUUAUCGGUCUGUCUUCUGAGUGGAGCAUCUGUGACAUAAAGGAAAACCACCUACUCUCCUGGAAAACACAAUGCUGCAAACUGUGGAGGAAACUUAAGACUGUUAUGUAAAGAAUCCACCUUCCUCAAAAGGAUUGUUUUUUUUUCCCCGUUUGAUUUUGGUAUUGGGUUCAGUUCCUUUUUUUUAAUUGUUUUUUUAUUCUGGAAGUGAGCUUCAAAAAAAAACAAAACAGCAGAUGUGUCUUUUACGGAUCUAACGGGUGUCAUUGUCACGGGAAAAACAAGCAGCUGGGCAGAGAAUGUUCAUUCUUGAGGGUACAAUUGAAGGGGGGAGAGUAGAAUAGGGGUGGGGAGAGUGACGUUGGACCUGGCAGCAUUUAGAGAAACAUCAUUUGCUAUGGAGCUACUUCUCAGGUAACCAUUAGAGGAGGGAAAGGACAUUUCUGGGCAGAGUAUUAACCGCUGCAGUGUCUGGAGAAAGCUGAGUUGAAGAGCCAAUGGCUGUAAGCAGGGUGCUAGUUCUUUUACCCUCCAGUCUGAGGCUUGGCUGGUAAAAGAACAAAGCAGAACUAUUAAAUGCCUUUUAUUUUUUUGACUCCAAGUAUUACUGGGAAGGAUGCUUUUAAGUAGUGUAAUCUCAAGAGGUGAGCUCUUAGAAGCACCUUGGUUAAAAAGUGGAAGAAGGGAUAAACUUUGUGUCUUGCUUUAAGUGCCAGUCGGCUGAAGAAGUUCAGCCUCGGGGUUGAUUAAACGCCAGCCCAAGCUAACGGUGCAGAUGGUGAGAAGAGGCAAGGUGUGAAAGCUGGCUCUGUAUUGUUUCAGUUUCAUUUUUAAUUUGGGGGUGGGGAGGUGGAAAUACCUGAACCAGCAGCAGAUGGUUGCUGUGGCAUCUGAGCAGCCUGGGAACUGCCGAGCUGCUGGAUGCGGAGGCAGCUGGGUGGAGCAGUGCUUGUCGCAGCGCCUCUCCCACUGGUUUCUUUGACGCUGCUUUCUCCUUACUCUGUGAUGAAACUUUUGGCUUCAAGUGGUGCAUAAUCUUAAAAUACCGUUACUCUUUUUAUGCCAUAAACUCGCUCUAGUCAGUGAAUGUUCCUAAUGCUGCUGAUUCAACAUGGAAAUAUUUUUUUAAUUUGCAAAACAUGCAAUGUUUAAGAAAAAAAAAACCACACACACAAAAAAACCCUUAAAAAAAACCCCAACAACAACCCAACAAAACCAACAACCCAAGGAAAAGCCCCCCAACACACACACACACACACACACACACACACACACACACAUGUUAUGUGGCUUCCGAGGUUUAAACUGAAAAAGGUUAAAGAAAAAAAAAAACAUAAUGAAAAACUUCAUGACCACAGACCACCUCAAACCAGAAAUACCUCAGAAUUUUCUACUUGUAUGAGUUUUAUUAUAUAUUUUGUUAGUUGUGUUUGUCUUGUAGUAAGUAUAUUUUAAUGUAAGUUGGCUUUUAUGACAAGGGAGUUUUAAAAAAAAAAAAAAAAAAACAAGAGGAAAAAAAAAAAGAAAAAAAAAGGAAAAAAAAAAAAAGGAAAAAAGUUCCAAACUCUUUUAGGAAGUGCUACCAGUUUUGUUCUGUUUUGUUUUCUAAAGCACCAUUGUAAAUAACUGUGUACAAUUGUAGAAUAACUGCCUGUAUAAGGUACCUGGGCAUUAUUCGCUCUUAUGUGUGAAGGCUGUUUCCAUUCUGUGCUCUUUUUUUGGUCUGUUUUAGUGAAAGGACAGUACAUCUUUUUUUCUUUUUAAUCUUUCUUUUUUUCUUUCUGUUUUUGUUUUUUUUAAGUCUUUUUCUGUGGUUUUUUUUUUCCUUUCUUAUUUUUAGUGGUUUUAACUUUGAUUAGAACAUGAGUUCUGUAUCUUGCUAGACUGACAAAGUAAAGUCCACUGGAUGGCCAGAACUUCUAAAUUUGACUUUGCAUUAAGCCAAAAUGCAGUCCUCAACUAAUCACCCUGUCAGGAACCUGUACAAAGCCUGCAGGACGUGAAUGAAUUGGACGUCCUGCCACUGCCAAAUUGUCAGCCUGCAUCCUCCUGCAGAUAUAAUUUAUUAUUAAGCAAACAAAAUUGCUAAUUGGAGAAAAUAUAAAGAAAACUCAAAUAUAUUUCUUGGAAAAUAUAGCUUUAAAACCUAGAGGUCACAGAUGAGGACGUGGUUUUUUAUCUUGAAGAGACAUUAAGAAAAUUGCCUUAAUUUGUCUAUCUGAAUAAAGUCUUAACCUAUUCUUUCAAGUUACUGAAUGUAUAUUGCAUAUUAGUGUGUACACACAUGUAACUGUAUUUCCGUGCGUAGGUUUGGACGUUUCUGUUUCUUGAUGUGCUUCUGUUGAGAACACCCUGACAAGACCAGACAGAACAAUACCAUUUGCACCCAGAUGAUGUCCCCAGUAGUAGUUGGCAUCUUUGGGCCUGAUGCUGCAACAUACCUACGCUUGGCGUUAAGCGUGUAGGUAGCUCUUCUGGUGUCACGACAUUAGGUACUCACUUAAUGUUAAGCGUGAUGGUAAAUGUUUGCAGGAUCAGUGUUUUUCAUGUUUAAUACAUUUCUGCACUGAGCUUUACAUACAAAUGUGACUGUUUUAGAAGUGAAGUGAUGUAAGGGUUGGGGUGGAGUGUAAAGCAGUUACGAUUGAGUGAAUACUUGCUUGGAGGUGGGCUUGCUGCCAUUUGCCCACGAAUGGGAGCCAGCUCAUGCUGAUGCAGAAAGAAAAAAGCUGUACUGUCUUUUAACUGUUAAUAUCUGU